AUGACGAUGUUAGCAGAAUUGAAGAAGUACUCCAGACAGUCCGUUGUUGGGGGCGUGUCAGGGAUCAUUGAGAGUCUAAAGGGUCCUGGUCUUGAAAUUGUGAGGGCUUUGAGAUUCACAGACCCUGAAGCAAAACCAGGAGAGUAUCUGGAUGCCCUUAAUUGUGCUUUUGGAUCUGCAGAGUCUGGAGAAGAUUUGUAUUUUUCCUUUCGGUUAAUACAGCAAAAGUCAGGGGAAAAACUGUCAGACUUUGCUAGGAGAUUGGAACCAUUUUUAGCCCGUGUAGUCCAGAAAGGUGGCAUUAUGGCCAAGGACAUGGACAGGGUGAGAGUAGAACAAGUGCUCAGAGGUGCUGUUGGUGCAGACCUAAUGUUGUUACAGUUGCGUCUCAAGGAGAGGAGAGAAAGACCCCCAAAAUUUUUGGAUUUGCUUAGUGAGAUCAGAGCAGAAGAGGAAUAUGAGAGGUCUCGCCAUAAGGUAAACCCUCGUGUGCGUCAAGUGAAUGCCCUAGAGAAUGUAGAGUCAGACAAUGUUGCCAUACAAGGCCUGAAAGCCGAACUGAAGAGUUUGAAAGAACAAAUGGCUGGGCUAGCAGAGCAACCUAGGAGUAGAGCAGAGGAUGCCCAAUCACUCUUGCUGCCUGUACUACAUUCGGAUGACAAAGGCUAUUCAGAAGCCGUGGCGUUACAGAAAAAUGUUAACCGUGUAAAACGUAAGAUCCAGCAUUUGCCAGUGAGAGACACUACUGCCCGAGUGGCCAUGACCAAACCUCACACUGCUGUUGAGGCAAAGCAGGUGAGCAGCAAAGAAGAUGACUAUUUUUGCUACAGAUGUGGGGAGAAUGGGCAUAUUGCCACAAAGUGCACCCUACCUGAAAAUGAAAAGAAAGUCAUUCAGAAGCUGAUUGCCUCCCUGAGGAAAACCUAAAGAUAAUCGGAAAUCUGUAUCAAGUGAUCAGGCCAGUAAAAAGCAUCCUUGUUCUGUACGUAGGCAUGCUGUGAACACUCUGAACAUUGUUCCAGUACCGGAGGGACUCAUAGGCCCCACACCUACCAUCCCACUGCACAUAAAUGAUCAGCUCUGCACCGCUUUGUUAGAUAGCGGGUCACAAGUGACCAUUAUCUUUGAAGACUGGUACAAUCGGCACUUGUCUCAUGUUCCUAUUCAGCAGGUGUCAGGGUUCGCCAUUUGGGGCCUUAGCGAUUCUAGCUACCCAUACAGGGGCUAUGUGGUGGUAGAUGUACAGUUCCCCAAAGAACUUACUGGUUCCCCUGAGACAUUAUCUGUACUGGCACUGAUUUGUCCUGGUCCCAAAACCCCCGAUCAGACCCCAGUUAUAUUGGGAACUAAUGCCAGUCUGUUUAAAAGACUCGCUUAUUUGUGCAAGCAGACAUCAAAAACCAAGUUAGCUCAGGUCCUUGGCGUGAACUGUGUGCUGGAUGCCAAUGAGUCCGAUUCUCCUGGGAGAGAACGAGUUGCUACGGAGGACAGUGUGGGUCUGGUGAGGUGGAUGGGCCCUGGCAGCCUGGUUAUUCCUCCUCUACAGAGUCGCUAUGUACAGUGUCAAGUGGAUCUGUGUGGUUUGGAGCUCAAGUGCGCAGUGCUAAUAGAAGCAAAUGAGUCUGUCCCACUGCUUCAAGGAUUAAUGCUUCAGCCUGUUGUCGUACCAGUGUCUGCCAUUGAUGCCAACAGUUUCUGUCCUAUUGCAGAAUGAAAGCAUGAAAGAGAUAACUUUGCAAGAAGGUAAACCUAUUGGACAAGUACAACUCACAGAGGUUGCAGCACCACCUUUAAGCACCAAAGCCCCAGAAAACAUAGACGCCAAUCUAAUUGACUUUGGUGACUCUCCCAUUCCAAGUGAGUGGAAGGAGAGGCUCAGAAAGAAAAUAUGUAGUAAAAGACAAGUAUUUUCACUGCAUGAAUGGGAGGUUGGACUGGCAAAAGGAGUGGAACAUCAUAUCCGUCUGUCAGAUCCACGACCAUUCCGUGAGCACUCUCGACGCAUAGCACCUGCAGACAUCGAAGAUGUACGGAGACAUCUCCAGGACCUUCUGGCCGCAGGCUUAAUCCGAGAGUCGAGAAGCCCAUAUGCGUCACCCAUUGUAAUUGCACGGAAGAAAAAUGGUCACAUUCGAAUGGGCAUAGACUACAGGACACUUAACAGUAAAACCAUACCAGACCAGUAUACAACUCCACGUAUUGAUGAUGCCUUGGACUGUCUGGCUGGGAGUCGUUGGUUUUCAGUACUGGACUUGAGAAGCGGCUAUUACCAGAUAGAGAUGUCUGACCAAGACAAAGAGAAGACUGCCUUCAUCUGCCCUUUGGGUUUUUAUCAGUUUGAAAGGAUGCCGCAGGGGGUCAUGGGAGCGCCGGCUACCUUUCAAAGAUUGAUGGAGAAGGCAGUAGGUGAUAUGAAUCUGCUGCAUGUACUGGUUUAUUUGGAUGACUUGAUUGUGUUUGGAUCCACUUUGAAGGUGCAUGAGGAGAGACUCCUUCGGGUACUUGACCGACUGGAGGAUGUGGGCUUAAAAGUUUCACUAGACAAGUGUCAAUUUUGUCAGCCCAAAGUUAGAUAUGUGGGUCACAUAGUAUCAGCAGACAGCAUCGCUGCAGACACAGAUAAGAUUGAAGCAGUCACACGAUGGCCCCAGCCAACCGAUCUGAAGUCUCUCAGGUCAUUUCUUGGUUUCUGCGGCUACUAUCGCCGUUUCGUCGCAGGCUACUCAUCCAUAGUCAAACCAUUGACUGACUUAACCAAGGGGUACCCCCUACCAACAAACGCAAAGUGAAAACCCCCAAACAGGCUGAUGGGAAGUUCAAACCCCAGAUCUAUUUCUGUGAGUCAGAACCCUUUGGUGAUAGGUGGACUGACAAAUGUACGAUAGCUUUCCGCGAGAUCGUUAAUCGCCUCACAAAUGCACCCGUCCUAGCUUUUGCAGACCCAAACAAGCCCUACGUGCUACAUGUAGAUGCAAGCCUGAGUGGGCUUGGGGCUGUUCUGAAUCAGGAGCUCCCUGAAGGGUUGAGGCCGGUGGCUUUUGCGAGUCGUGGGUUGAGCACAGCAGAGAAGAACUAUCAUAUCCACCAGUUGGAGUUUUUGGCUCUUAAGUGGGCUGUCGUGGAUAAGUUCCACGAUUAUCUGUACAGAGUGAAGUUCACUGUAAGAACAGAUAAUAACCCGCUUACCUAUGUGCUUACAUCAGCAAAGCUCAAUGCCACUGGUCACCGGUGGUUAGCAGCCCUGGCCACGUAUGAUUUUGAAAUACAGUACCUUCCCGGAAGGAGCAACAUUGAUGCCGAUCUGUUGUCAAGGAAAGAGACCAGGGGUGAGACUGAGGCUUGGAAAGAGAUAUCCCAGACUGAAGUCGGAGCCAUUUGUAAAUGUGCGAACGUGCAAGAUUUACCUGAUAAUUCACCUGAGAGAGCUGUAUGUUUGGCAAGCAAGCUAAGAGUACCAGCUGAUGGUAUUCCCCCACUUUAUGCUUUCCCUGCUCAGUUGGAAUUGGGACAGCUGCAACAGCUGACGGUAGAAGACCUGAGAAACGCUCAAUCAGAGGAUAUUGUCAUUAGUGAAGUUAGAAAAUUUGUGCACUCUGGAGAAUAGCCCACAGAUGUAACAAAACUGCAUCCAGAUGUGGCACUGAUGAAAAGGCAGAGCAGCAAGCUGAUGGAGAAAGGUGGGUUGGUGUACAGAGUCACCCAGAAGAACUCUGAUGGAGAAAUUCAUCAGAUACUUCUUCCGGAAAAGUUCAGAGAGCAGGUGAUCAAGUCAGUUCACGAUGACAUGGGACACCUGGGGGUAGAGAGAACUCUUGAGCUGGUCCGGAACCGAUUCUACUGGCCUAGAAUGUCACUGACCAUAGAGCUGUAUGUAAAGAAUUGUGGGAGUUGUGUUGCAUGGAAGAGUCCUUGUAUACGUGCAGCCCCACUUCACCAGAUUGUAACUAGCGGUCCAAUGGAACUAGUGUGUAUUGAUUUCUUGUGCCUUGAACCAGAUUCAAAGGGAUUUUCCAACAUCCUUGUAGUCACAGAUCAUUUUAGCCGCUAUUCCCAGGCUUAUCCAACUAAGGAUCAAAGAGCAGUGACUGUGGCCAAAACACUAGUCGAGAAGUUCUUUGUCCAUUAUGGACUACCCUCUCGCAUCCAUUCUGAUCAGGGCCGCGAUUUUGAGAGCAGGCUGUAAUCCACGAACUCCUGAGAGUCUUGGGGAUUCGCAAAUCAAGGACCACACCCUACCACCCCCAGGGUGAUCCACAGCCUGAAAGAUUUAAUAGAACUUUAUUGUCUGUUAGGAACGUUGGGGUCUACCCAGAAAAGACAAUGGAGCCAGCAUGUAAGCCAACUUGUACAUGCAUACAACAGCACCAAAAAUGACUCAACUGGUUACUCUCCUUACUUUCUUAUGUUUGGGAGGAAGCCAGACUUCCUGUGGAUGUCUGCUUUGGAGCAGAGGAAAGGGAGGGAGUCAGCCAUCACCGCUAUGUGGAGGAACUGCGCCAAGACUUACAGAAUGCCUAUGAGCUGGCCACCAAAGCAGCAAGUCGAGUGCAUCUGCGGAACAAGAGAGGCUAUGAGAAGCUGUUACGACCCCAAGUGCUGGACACUGGUGAUAGAGUCUUACUGAAGAAUUUGGGCCUCAAAGGAAAACACAAACUACAGAGUAGAUGGAGCUCAUUACCAUAUGUCAUAGUAGGGAAGAUUCCUGACCUGCCAGUAUAUCAUAUCAAACCUGAAAGUGGAAUGGGUAGAGUGAGAACUAUACAUCGUGAUCACCUUUUACCCAUUGGAUGCCUGGUUAGAUUACCAGGGGAUGAUACCUUGGUCCCAGUAACCAGUCCAGUGACACGAAGCCACAAGAAGGUGCACCAGACAGAGAACCAAAGUCUUGCAUCUGCAGAAGUACCAACGUCUGGAACUGGAGAUUUGGUUUCCGACUCAGAGGAGGAGAUGGAGACUCAAUGUUUGUGGGGAGAGAAAAAAACACUGUCGACACAACCACUCCCUGUUGGCGAGAACAGAGACCUCCCAACGACGGAGUUGCAACAUAAUGAGAUUCUGAUUCAAGAAGAGGGUGAGCAAGACAUUACUUUGGAAGUAGAAGAACCUCAGGAAGGGAGAGAGUUAAGUGAAAACUCACCAGUUCAGACUCUAGAAAGGGAACGGCUAGAAAUCCCAGAUCCCAUCAAUCAGACUGAAAGUGAUUACCCAAAACGGGAAAAACGACAAGUUAAGCCUGUCAUUAGAUUGACUUAUGAUGAGGUUGGGAAAUCUAGAGAUCAACCUGUAACUAUAGUCCAUAGGGGGAUCAUCAUUAAGAUUGGAUAGAUGAAAAAUUAUGCCCUUUCUUCUUAACUAGGCUUCAUAGGGACAUGAAGACCAUUAGAAGGGGGAGAGUGUAGCCCUUUAAAAGGAAUUAAAUAAUAAGUUCUGGUACAUAAGUUUGAUAAAUAAAUAAUUAUACAAUAGUUGGGUUUAUAGUUUUAUAAAAGUUGACAUUUCCGGUUUUCUUAGUUAGAUUGGAAGGUACUAGUUUGCCAUGUGCACAGUGCAACCAAGUCUACCUUGCCUGUCAGUAACCCUCUGUGCCUCACGCGAUUUGACAGAUCAAUAUGUAACCUGUACAAGCCUUUAGUGAUUGGUUCGGUGGGAGGGGGCGGGGGAGAGAAAGAAAAAAAAAAGACGGGAAUGAACGAGAGAGAGACCGGGAGAGCGUGUGUGUGGAGCAGCGACGGCACUACAAACGACAUUUUCCAAGGUUUUUGGAGAAAAAUAAGUUCAUUACCUGCCCUAGGUUGUCGGUGUGAUAGCCCUGUGUGAGUGGGUGACUUUAUCUGCCAAACGCGGUCGGCUAGACGGCAUUGAAGCAGCACGGAACUGCCGUAUGUUUUGCCCGUGAGUAGCUCAGCUUCCAGUUGUAGGCUAGUGAGUUCCAGUACAGUUACUGUGUAGUCUGACUAGCAUCGAAGUUGACUAAAACAGUCAGACGUUCGUCCGUAUCCAGUAUCCUAUGCCAUUAAUGAGGGACUGUUAUCACUGCAACGGGAGAGCAGUCACACACUGAGAGGAGGGGGUCGGAGCCGUUCGUUAGUCCUGGCCGGUAGAAUCUUCGACAGCCAAAGCAUCCUCCAGCGGGGUCGGAGCCCCGGGUCGUGAGUAACGAACCUUCCUCCCGAACUACUGAAACAAGAUAACUUAAAGCGCGAAACAUCACAUUUUUAUUUCAUUUUGUUGGCUCUACGGAGUGAAACGGCCAGUGUGUUUACUGUUUUAAGGCCACCACGCACCCGAGCCACGAAACAGGCCUGCAACCGGUUCAUUGGGUACAUUGGGUUUUAGCCGGCAUAGGCAUAUGCAUUGCAUGCUAGAUAUAUGAAAACAAAUGAUUUGUUUCAUUUAGUUAUUACUGCACAAAGGUAAAGGUGUGUAUUUUGUUCAUCUUGGGAGUAUGGUUAAGUGUUUAUGGUGAAUUGUACAUUGUUUACAUAAUUGCUCCACUUGUCCUACGUUGUUAAACAGAACCAAAAAGGGGACAAGAAGUAUUUAAACUGAUAACCUUGCAAAGAAUUAAUCCAGAGAGAGAAAAUAAGCAGCAAUAAACUGAAUUACAGUUUGAA